AGACCAAUUUACAUGUAUUGGAGACCAGACCAGAAGCACUUCUGAAUUAAGAUCUCAGAUUCUUUGAGGUGGCACUGAAGAGCACUAAGAUCAGAAGAUGAGUGAACUUGACCAGUUACGGCAGGAAGCCGAGCAACUUAAAAACCAAAUUAGAGAUGCUAGAAAAGCAUGUGCAGAUGCAACUCUCUCUCAGAUCACAAACAACAUCGACCCGGUGGGAAGAAUUCAAAUGCGCACUAGGAGAACACUGAGGGGGCACUUGGCCAAGAUUUAUGCCAUGCACUGGGGCACGGAUUCCAGGCUUCUCGUCAGUGCCUCACAGGAUGGUAAACUCAUCAUCUGGGAUAGCUACACCACAAACAAGGUCCACGCCAUCCCUCUGCGCUCCUCCUGGGUCAUGACCUGUGCAUAUGCCCCUUCUGGGAACUAUGUGGCCUGCGGUGGCCUGGAUAACAUUUGCUCCAUUUACAAUCUGAAAACUCGUGAAGGGAAUGUACGUGUGAGUCGUGAGCUGGCGGGACAUACAGGUUACUUGUCCUGCUGCCGAUUCCUGGAUGACAAUCAGAUCGUCACCAGCUCUGGAGACACCACAUGUGCCCUGUGGGACAUCGAGACUGGCCAGCAGACAACCACGUUUACUGGACACACUGGAGAUGUCAUGAGCCUUUCUCUUGCUCCUGACACCAGACUGUUUGUCUCUGGUGCUUGUGAUGCUUCAGCCAAACUCUGGGAUGUGCGAGAAGGGAUGUGCCGGCAAACUUUCACUGGCCAUGAGUCGGACAUUAACGCCAUCUGUUUCUUUCCAAAUGGCAAUGCGUUUGCCACCGGCUCAGAUGACGCCACCUGCAGGCUGUUUGACCUUCGUGCAGACCAGGAGCUCAUGACUUACUCACAUGACAACAUCAUAUGUGGGAUCACCUCUGUCUCCUUCUCCAAGAGUGGGCGCCUCCUCCUCGCUGGGUACGACGACUUCAACUGCAAUGUCUGGGACGCACUCAAAGCCGACAGGGCCGGUGUCUUGGCUGGGCAUGACAACCGCGUCAGCUGCCUGGGGGUGACCGACGAUGGCAUGGCUGUGGCGACAGGGUCCUGGGACAGCUUCCUCAAGAUCUGGAACUAACGCCAGUAGCCUGUGGAUGCCACGGUGACUGGAAGACCAUUCCAACCUUGAAGCGUUACAGUGAUAGCAUAUCCUAUCCAACCAUACUAACGUGGACACCCUACACCUCCCCUCAGAACUUCAAAAGGGCAAGAUCUUUUUUCCUUCACUUAUUGCUGAAACCAAGAGCACAAUUCCCAUUAAGAGAAGGAUCUCUGUGCUGUAAACUAAAACAAAUUGUGCAUUCCUUCCGGGGCCAUCGUCUUUGUUUUCUUUUUUGUCUUGAAUGAAUUUUAAAAGGAAAUACUGUAAUAAAAAUGUUAACCAGAAGGUAAACUUGAGUGUAAUUGUGAGACAGGCACACCUUUUCACUAGUUAUUUGAAUUCUAGACCAGUGAUCCUGUUUUGUGAUGUUCAUGCAAAACAAGAUGAGGACUUUAUCUUGUAACUGUUUCUGAAUUUCAAGUUGUGUUUGUAGCAGGAUUUUGGAAGCAUUCGUAUUUCCUUUUAAAAAUGUAUUCCUUUAUGUUCAAUAGUUAAAUAGAUCCAGAGAGUCUAGGGCAGCGUCUUUUACAUUGUCAAUGAUGUAAAUUUAGUCCCUGGGUUUUUUUUGUCUGGUGUCACAGGUAAUUGUUGCACACAAACACGGCAUAGCAAAGAAUGACAUUGAGAAGUACAGUAACCAAGCACAUGCUGUCGAUGGUCAUGAGUGCGUGAUCAGAGAGUCCUUCACCUUUUCUGAAUAGUACACUCAGAUCCAGCACCCAUCUUCCUCCUGACCCAGCUCUCUGCCUUCUCAGUUCAGUUUUUAAUCUCCCCUUGGGUUUCCUUGUGAAGUUGGAGGAAAGUUUAUGUGAUAGCCUAACACUACCCCACCCCCACCCCCAACUAUCAGGAACCUCUGUUUUCAAGAGAGAUGCCUGUCCUGUGCUUGGAUAGUCAGUUGAUUAUUUGUGUAUGAAACAAUGUACAAAUCAAUGUUUUGAAAAUAAUGAUCUCAGACUUUCUAAGUUAAAUUUUUAAAAAUUUGAUUGUUUGCCAUAUUGGGUGGGUUUACUCUUAGAAUCGCAUGCUGUAGAAAUGCUCAAAAGUGCAUAUAGGACUCAGUCCUUAGAUGUUCUUUUUCUUUUAAUAACCUCUUAAAUUAACCAUCGCGGCUCUGUCCACUUAUUGUUGCUACUCUGUGCACACAUAUCGGAAGCAGUACAGUAAGCAGCUCUACACGCUUGAGUAGCGGAAAAAGGCACCGUUUUAUUUCUU